GUGAAGUAAAGCGCAGACGUUGAUGCUAUUGCUAUUUGCUAAUGUGCGCCUCCCACAUCCGUACUGUGGCAUGGCGUACCUGACUUCAGCCUUCCGACACCGCGUUUUUUUCUUGCUCGAUAUCUCUCUAUCACUAUAAAUAUGUCCAUGAAACUCAAUCCUUUCAUAGAAAUGCAAAAACGAAUAGAAUCUACAAUAGAUUCGUCGCCUUCCUCCAUUUGGUCGAAAAAUGCAGCUGAAUUUGCAGACGGAGGGUGCGGAUGGGGCUGGGUCGGACGAAAUCAGCACUCCCGAGUAUGGGCAGCUUUUUGCGGCCUUGAGGAAUAUGUUGAAGAAGGAAGUUGAGGCGGUGAUGAUCCAGAAUUUCAAUGGUGUGAUAAGGCCACUUAUGGAGGAGUUAGUUCGGAACAUUGUUAAAGAAGAAAUUCAAGCCGCUGUCGAAAAACUUCCAGCUGGUUGCAGUGGGACCAACACAAAUUCCCCAGACAUGUCGGAUGAAAGAGGUUUAACUCUUAAGUUCUUAGAUGAGGUAGCUGACGAAGUUCUCACAGGUAAGGAAAUUAAAGGAAAAGGAGGCAAUCCAAUGGGGGUUGAGCUUGUUGAUGAAGUUACGGGGCAGGUUGUCGAAAGUGGGCCGGGAUGUUCUGGAAAGGUGGAACUAUUGCUUCUCAAAUCAAGUGAAAAUGAUGAUGUGCAUAACUGGAGCCACCGGGACUUUAACAGUCAAAUAAUUAAAGAGAGUGACAAGACAAAGCCUCACUUUGCUAAACAUUACUAUGUAUAUCUUGAGAAAGGCACCGGCAUAGUAAAUAAUGCCAAGUUGGCUCACGACGCAAACUGGAUGAAGAGCUGCAAAUGCCGUCUAGGGGCACGAUUGAAUUUAACUGGUAUCAGAGUGAAGGAAGCAUGGACGAAGUCAUUUGUGGUCUGCGACAGCCGCAGCAAGUUGUAUGGGAAGUCCUACCCUCCUUCUCUUUCGGAUCAUGUUUGGAGAUUGGAAAAAAUCUCGAAAGACGGCGCUCCAUGUAAACGUUUGAAAGAGAAAAGAAUCACGACUGUCGAGCAUUUUCUGUUUAUGCUCUCUGUCGAUCCACAGAAGCUUCAGGAAAUAAUAGGAGUCCGGUCUACUAAUGAUUGGAAGGCGAUAGUCGAACAUGCUCGGACCUGCAUUAUCGACGACCCAAGGAUUUACACGUACUAUAAUGCUUCCUCCGAACAUAACUUCCAUGUCGUGUUCGAUGUUGUAGGAGGGCUGAAGGGCAUAAUUUACGACUCGCAUUAUGUUCCGGCUGAUGAUCUAUCUAAAGAUCAAAAGGAUCGAGCUCAGAAAUUACUUCUCUCGGCAUUCGAAAAUCAGAAGGAUAUAACCUCCUUCGACGACGAAAUGACUUUUCUUCACCGAUUUCCAUAUCGAGCAAGUAACGAUGCCACGGCCAUCUCCACCCCGGGUAACUUUGAUCCAACUAUUAUUGAGAACAUUAUUCAUUGUGAUACAACGCUUCCUAGUAGUUCUUCUCAGGCCAUUACUCCGUACAUUGCGCCACCACAUAAGGCUAAUAAUAGCUUUGAUGUCGACCUGAGAAGCUUAGAACGAUUUGACAGCUUGAACCAUGUUCUCGACAACUUUUGGUGUACUGAAGAUACAGAACAAAAUGAAUAUCUAGUGUCGACUUCGAAUCAUGAGGAUAGCAACUUUUCCGAGACUCUCGGGAAUGAGUUGCGCCCUUGUCGACAAAGUAAUGCCGGUAAGUUACCAUCCCUAAGGGAUGUCGCGAUUGCUUUGAUUCUGGUAAAUCGGGCGAGGGAGAAAUUAAUGGCUUUGGGGCUUAGACAUAUGAAUCGCUCGAAAAGGAAGAGGAUUUAAAGGUAGCUCGAUUCUUCGACUCUCGGAAAUGUUUGUUUCCUUUGAAACUCAAUGUCGAACCGCGGUGUUGUUGAUGCGUGGAAAAGGUUCCGCGCGAACUUGUGCUUGACCUCGAGGAAAGUUGCGAUCCUUAAACCUUAACCCGAUCCUUAUACUUGUGUUUUCUUUUUGUGCAAUACGAGAAUUUCUCAGAAAGUCUUCCAUUUUAGUAUUACUUUUGUCCAAGUACGAUUGACUUCGGACUUCUGAUAGGUUCCGGUAAAUUAGGCUGACAUGGGUUGUCAGUUAAAGGGUUUUGUAGGAUUCAAGCACGAGAAAAGUUGCGAACCCCCGAUCUUUGCAUGGCUACGGGAAAUAUAUCGGGGCAAAGUAUAUAAAUAGGUAUUUAUGUGAAGAUAUUAUAUUUAUUAGAUUUUGUAAA